CUGAUUAAACUGCAGCAGCUGUAAUAUAUGACUGAUAAAUUUGCUUAUCGUUUCAGUGACAAAAGAUUUUCAGCUUUGGGGUUUGGUGCCAGAAUUCCUCCAAAUUAUGAGGUGUCUCAUGACUUUGCCAUUAAUUUCAACCCAGAUGAUGAUGAAUGUGAAGAGAUCCAAGGAGUGGUUGAGGCAUACCAGAACUGCCUUCCUAAGAUCCAACUGUACGGCCCAACCAAUGUUUCCCCCAUCAUUAACAGGAUAGCUAAGCUGGCAGCAGGCGACGGCAACAUUAAAGAUGCUUCUCGAUACCACAUCCUGCUCAUCCUCACGGAUGGUGUAGUGACAGACAUGGCAGACACGCGUGAGGCUAUUGUGCGAGCCUCCUACCAGCCUCUCUCCAUAAUCAUUGUCGGUGUGGGCAAUGCAGACUUCACAGACAUGCAGAUUUUGGAUGGAGAUGAUGGAGUCCUACGCUCACCGAAGGGCGAGCCUGUCCUCAGGGACAUUGUGCAGUUUGUGCCCUUCAGAGACUUCAAAACGGCUUCACCUGCAGCCCUGGCCAAAUGUGUUCUGGCGGAGGUGCCCAAGCAAGUAGUGGAGUACUACAGCCAUAAGGCCAUCUCCCCUAUGUGUCCUAUGAGGGACUUAGUGACGCCCAUCCUCAGCCCAGUCGCCACGACCCCAACAGAAUAACCACCCACCCUGCUCUUGGGACCAAGCUUUGCCCACAGCACCAGUCCAGCAAACUGAGAAGGAGAAAGGACGCAUGCCUCGCGUUUUUUUUGGACAAGGACUAAAGAGAAAAUCUUUCUAAAUGUGUUGUUACUCAUUUAUUUCAUUCUCCGCACCUAUCAAAGUGUUUACACAAGGACGGUACAACAGAGGCUGUGGGUUACAUUUCUCUGCUCAGUGUGGAUCCAGCUCUUCUCCCUGGCUGUGCGAACCACAACCAUCCAGCUGUUUCCGCAUCAUGACUCCUGGAGGAUUGUGUUGUUUUCUCCCCCCCUAAUUCUUAUGCAUGCAGGCCGAUCCCUCAGUGCUGAUCCAUCGCUCGGAUGCAGGCUUAUUAUUCCUCACUGCCCACAAAAUUCAGCACCUCCACUCUGUCUAUUAUGUUACUGUUUUUCUUAUGUCAUAUCUUCAGCUAAUUUUGAAGAUGUACUGUACAGUACUGUAUGUUGCAAUCAAAAUUAGAUUGCUCAACUUGAAAACACUGACAACAUUUAAUUAAGAUGUUAUAGACGCAUCACAGGAAGUGUAAAGAAGAGACAUGCUUGUAUUAUUAAGCCGACCUUCCCUCAUGUACCUAGUCUGGCUGCAGGAUUGGCCGUAUUUUGGAUUACAAUAUGACAAUAUUUCCAGAUACACAUAGAUCACAGUUUCAAAUCAACCUACCAUGAAUUCAUGUUGGGUGAAACACGUGGCAAAUCAUGCAUGAGUUUUAAUCUAUUGCUUAAAUUGAAAGCUCUGUUCCAAAGGGAGACAGCCAUUUUUAACAAACCAAAAACACACCAAGUCGCCAGAACAAAAUGUUGGCAUUGUACAUUUCUCCAAACCAUGCAUACAUUACAUUUGUACAUUUUGUACGUAUCAUAUCAACAUAUCUAAAGUGACCUAUCUCUGAUUACAUGCAUACAAACUGACUUUGUCAUUGGAAGAAGGAAGGUAUGGUGGAUGGUGUAACACCAGGGUGAGACAGCUUCCAAGCUGGACACUACUGUUGUCCACCAACGAAAUAAUACUGGUUGCUUUUAGCGAGACAUUGCUGCAUUUCCAGCAGCAAUUGUGGUGACCAAACUGGGUAUUUUACGCCAAAACACAAUCUUUUCCAAACUAUAAAACAUUUUUUGUGCCUAAACAUAUCCAACAUAUCCUCAUACAACAAGAAGAAUGAUGUUACAUUCUUAAUUUAGGUUUAGGAAAAGAAACCUGGUGAAACUGUACCUUAAAAUGACUCAAAGUUAACAUGGUUUCGAACACUGGUCUCCUGGGGAAUGUCCUGUGUUUUGUGACUCAUCCACCACUCCAACCUGCCCCCUAAUUGGACCGCACAGGACCAGUUAUUUUUUUCACUACUGUCAGCACAUUGGCCAUGUGAUUGCAGCCUUCUAAAACACAUGGGUUAUGCAUAAUCACUGGCUCAUCAUUAUGUAGGAUAUGUAUAAAUGUUGGUGCAUUCGUUUCCAUAGGAAAAUAUAAAACAAGUGUAUAAGAACAGCCUGACGUAACCACACGUUCACUACAGCGUUAAGACAUGAAAAAACGUAAAGUUUCAACAUAUCAGCUACAUGAUAACUGACAAUUGUUACAUAUCUGUGGUUUGCAGAAAUGCACAAUGCCAACAAUUAUUCUAAUGACUGGGUUAAAAAAACGUCCUGUCUGCUACAUCAUGAACCAUAAAUGGCACCACCCAUAUCUUGCAAAUACAAAAGCAAGCCGUGUUUAGCAGUGAGCACGGGCAGGUUGCCAAGUUUGUGUAUUCUGUGUAAAAUAAUUAGGUAAUCCCCCGGUAAUUAGGCCUUCUUAAAAACCAGGUGAGAAAACAGCAGGAGACUUUUUUUUUUAAUUCUGAUUUGUCACUCAUUCAGACCUGCUCACCAAAUGACAUAACUUGAGCAGUGUGAGAUAUCUGAGCUCUUUGUUCACUUUUUUCAGUUACAAGAGGGAGCUACAAAAAAAAAAAAAAAAAAAAAACACAGUCAGGUCAUCAGCUAUCAAGUGGAAGUAGGAUAUGUCUUUGGGUUUCUGUGCAGAAACAAAAGUUGCAAAGAGUUGCCCUUUUCUGAGGUUAUCUGCGAACAAAGCCUGAAUAAUAUGCUUCUCCGAAAAGAAGAUGAACAAUCGCACCCUAUUUUUGCUCUUUUGUCAGGUGGCUUUGGUUUAAGCUGUGAAAGUCAUGCCUCACGUCAGGUGAAUAUGUUUCCUUCUGAAGUGUUUGUUAUUGUUGUCAUCAUCCCUGAGUCAGCCGUCAUGCAGGUAGCAUUCAUAUUUUCCGCUGUGUGUUUCAUUACUUUUUUCCUUUCUGCUGCUUUUUAUAUGCAAUAUAUUUCUACUCAGUGUUUCGUAAGGAAUUAAACUGGUGAGCGCAGGGUUUAGAUCCAAUGAAAGCACAAAGCUGAUCACACUGAGUGCUGUAAAAUACAUGGUAAUGUUCUUAAAACCAGCUCUGGAAUGUGUUUCAUCAAAUAUAUUUACAUCAGAUUAUUAAAAGUCUGAAAAAUGUAUCAUUAUUACCAAAUCAUCUCAGUGAUCAUUAAAACGUUUCUUAUCAUAAAAUUAGUAUUAAAGGUUUGCUCAUCAUUGCACAUUUGCAUCUCCAGAACAAACUGUUCUGUGAAUUCCUCUCAUUUCCAAGAAGCUUUUGCCAGAAGGAUCACGAUUAACUUGAGAGGCUGCAUUUGAUUUUUCUACUGGUUUAUUGAGCUUUACAAUAUUCAUCAUAUUCAAAAAGAUACAACCUUCACUUUUCUCUUAUGUUGCCAGGGCUGUGUCAGAUUGUCGUCAUGGUGUUCAGAGUGUAGCCUGGCACGAGUCAGACAAAGCUGUGUCGAGUUUUAGCUCAGUAUUUUCCAAAAGAACAUAUUAACCGCCUCCUGAAACUCUUUAAAGCAGAAACGUAUUGCCUGAGAUGCUGUUCUUAUUGUGCUGUAAAUACCAGUGUGAAUAUUUGCACCUAACCAAACAAGAGUGGAGCGAUGAUGCGUUCAAGUCACGUGUAAUUGCAUUUUUUAAGGAGUGGGGGAAAAGUCGGCUGAACAAGAAAGUAAAAGAGUUGAAGAUAUGUUUUUAAAAGGCAUCCUCCUGGCAUUUAAACAUUUUUGUCACUUGUGCAAGGAACCUUGAAAUGUUUCCUCAGGCUUAUCAAGCAAAUAUUUCCAAAGUAAAGGUGAUUUCACCUCAAAAGUAGACGACUGGACCAUUAAUUAUCAUGCAUCAUUUAAAAUGUAAAUUUGAAAAAUCAUUUUUAAGUUUUGAAUUCGAACAAAGUUUCUCAUAGAGCUCAAAAUUGUUGCCCAAGACUGAGCUGAAAAGAUCAGCAACAUAAUUGCUCUACUGUUUAAAACCUUACAGUUUGAUUACAGAAAAAAACACAGUACUGUUUUGUUUGGCCUGACAGUUCAUUUGCAGCCUGAUCUAGUUAUGACUCUGUGCUUUAUAUAUUUGCGCAGUGUUUUCGCAUUUAUCUUAUAUGGUAUGUAUUUUUACUCUGACUGACUCUGAAUAUUGUGAUAUUCGCUUGGCCAAAUGCCAAUAAAUGCAUCAGAAGAAUAUCACCUAUACAGCAACAUUAACAUACACAUAACCACCCCCAAGCAACACAUAUCAAUCUGACUUUGAUUUGUCCUCUAGAGCUUUACCAGCCCUCCCCAGCUACGCUAGACUAUUGACUGCACCUGAACACAGCUAGCUCUGCUGUUGGCUGCUUUCUGAACUCCUUUGAAGAUCACAACUAUUGAAGAUUCAACCGUGGAUCACAGGAUGAGGCCUAUCGAUUCAGCAGGCCUAGAUUUGCAGCCAUACGCAGUUACCAGAAUGUAAAUGAUUUUAGAGGGUCUUUGGUCUCUUGACUGGAGUUACAAGUGACAUUAUAAGUUAUUUAUUAAGACUUGGUGUUCCUGUAUGAUGAAUUGUUUGUUUUUGCUUUUACAAAUCUUAAUACAGCUAGUAGGUGAUUUGAAGGGGGAUGCCAUUCCCCUUGUCAACAAAAUGUUCAAAAUGCACCCCCUUUUAACCCGCCAUGCCUCUCUAUCCCCCAGGUCUGGACCCAGACGCUGCCCUAUCCUAACCCAGACCUAUAACUGUCGCCACUGUUUAAAAAACACUAAAGCAUUUAUUAUUGAACCAGUUUUGUGCUUUCCCACAAACCUGUAGUGUCCACCUGUUCUGACCUAACAAGGCAGGAAGUGCAGAUAUCAGCCAGUAAUUCUGUUCCUUGGGGGCAAACAAGCUCACAUAUUAAUAUCCAAAAGGCAUUAGCACUUCUUUUCCCCUAUUACGUGUAUCACCUUAUUGCUACUUUGCCUCAGGUUAUGAAUCACAGCAGCUCAAAUGGUUCGUUACCCUGGACUCUCGACAUUUUUAUGAGAUGCAUUUUACAAUAGGUGAUUGAUCACGAUUGAUUGAUUUUUGUUCGCUUUUGUUAUCAAAUAAGUGAUUGAAAAAUGCCAAAAUUAGUGCUUUCUCAGUUCAAGCAUUAAUACAAUGAGUCAUGCAGAUGUUUCAUGCUCCUCCUGGGUUACAAAAUGUAUUAGAUGUCUUAUGGUGAAACAUGUUAAAGAGUGAUGCAUGGGUAUUUAAUGCCUCACCAGAUUUGCUCCAAACAAAUACUCUUAAGACCUUUUCUGAAAGUAUUUUUCAUCAAUUAAUAUCAUUGUAUGCUUGUGUGCAAGAGCUAGCUGAGCCCAAGUGUGCAGCCAUUUUGGUGUCAACGCUUUAAAAAGCUUCACAAAAAAAUAAAAAAAUAAAAACUAUAUUCAUGUUUUAAUGGGAAACCAUUCGUGCCACAGUGGUGCAACAACAGUGAUUUGAAACGCUGGAAACAAUAAGACCACGGUUCAUGCGGCCAUCUUGCACUGUGGAUUUAAAAAAAAAAAGCUGGGAAGACUUCACUGAGCUGCUUAUUUCCUCUUAUCUAUACUUGCACCAUUGUCUGACAAAAUUAACAAGUCAUAGGUUUUACACCACGCUGAUGAAAUUUCUCACAGACGCAUUCUAUCUCUCCCUUUCACCCAUCCACUGCUAAUCAGCACAAGGUUUACAGCCCAUAACCCUAAUAUGCAACUGGUGUAACUGCAGGCUGUGUGGGUGAGAAGCAACCCGUGCAUCAUUAGUAGAUAUUUGAUUUCUUCUAAAGGAAGAAAAGGGAUUUAUUGCAUGCUUACUUUUAUUGUUAAGCUGUGUUGUGCAGUCUUUCCUUUGGGUCUUAUGAUAUGCUAAUAUGCAAGCCUGCAUUUGCACAAACCUCUGUUCUUGUAGUUUACGCUCUCUGUCUUGCAGUUAGGUAAA